GAAUAGUCGAGUUGUCAUUUAUAAUUCAUAUUUAAAAUCCGUUACAACUGGACUAAUGGAAUGGCGGUUUUUUUUUAUUGUUGAGCUGUCUGUCUGCGGUGCAACCGGAAACAGUCGGUGUAGAUGCGAAACAGACAAAAUGUGGACGUGUUGAUAUCUGCAACGGUGAGGAGUAUUGUGACGUUGGAAGUUGUAAGCUGUGUGCUGACAUCUCGAAUGAUUGUAACAAGGACUUUCUUCCAGCGGAAUGUCGGCCUUGGUGUUUCGAAUAUACUGCAAAGACAAAGGCAAAGGACAUGGUGGAAAAGGAGAGAGUUUCCGCCUGUCCGGACCCAGGAAGUAUCCCGAACGGUUCAUAUCCAUCCGUUUCGACGUUUGGUCAUGGCAAUAACGUUACAUACACGUGUAAUGACGGCUAUGAGAUGGUCGGGGAGUCGACAAUCGAGUGCAGCGACUUUGGCCACUGGAAACAACCGAAGCCGUAUUGCGAAAAAACGUGUAGGUAUCCGCCGGACCUUAUCAACGGUCACGUGUCUGUUAGCAUGGACGAUGGCGUCUCCACGGCCAAGUACACGUGCGCGGAGGGACGCCAGCUACACGGACCACCGCUUCUAAUGUGCUACCUGCGUGAACGCUGGGUCACAGAGGAAGGGGAAGUACCAUCUGGUGCGCCCGUCUGUCUGAUGCUUGAUAAGGAUGACACAAACUACACUCUACAAAAUGUUGCAAUAUCAAUAGCUGUUGUCGAGUUUAUUGUAAUAGCCGGCCUGAUAGGGUUUUGUUGUUACAAAAGGUACACUAAAUCGUGCCAGUACACGCCCGUCAAUACAGUGAACGACAGCAGCAACAACAGCAAUAACACGCACAGCAACAACAACCAAGUACAUAUACAUAACGGGGAAAGGGAACUUGAUGUAAAAGACCCUGACAGAUCAAAUAACCACAGUCCCAAACCACCCAAACAUAUCAACAAUGGAAGAAGCAACACAGACAAGAAACCUGUCGAGGAAACUGGUCGCACAACCCAAGGAUAUCAGGAAGUUGAUAAAGACGGUCCUUCCGAACUUGUUCCGAACAUAUCCAGUAAAUGCGUUCCAAUUGCCGAUUUCGGCAAUCCAAGUUGCUGCACAGGUGACCAGAACCAGGAUGGUGGAGGCGGACAGGGAUUGACGCCUACAGCUCCACUGCUCGACAAUGAUGCGCCCGGAGCUGAGAUUGGCUCGACCCUUUCACACAUUGCACCGACAGCUUCCGCCGAGACCCUGGGUGAUAGCCAGAUGACGUCAUCAUUCACUGACACCAGCAGAUCUAAGUCGGAAUUUGAAGAAAACCAGCAACCGGCAUCUUUCGUGUCGGAUGCCCAAGAAGCUUCGGGCGCGUCGACUGAUGUGGACAACUACAGUGCAUAGUUUGUUCAUCCAGCGAGAUUUGCAUACGUGAUAAAGGUUUAAACAAACUGUCUGACAGUGAUGGCUGUCGAAAACAAUCUGGUCUUGACCUUGCAAAUCUUAAAAAUCUGCAACUUCAAACAGAUACAUUCGUGAACGUGAACGUGAAGUUCAACGUGAAAACCGCUCAACGGUUCUAAAUCACGUCCGAAUAAGAGACAUCGUCACAGGCUACGUUUAUAAUUCCGAUGACUUUACAGACUUUGUGAGACCAAAUACAAAAAGAGGUUUGUUUAUUGUCACGCGGGCUUGGCUACCGACUUUAACAUAAUGUAAAGGAACUUCGGUGAAAGUCAAAAUGACAAAAUUAAAGAUACUUCGUCAAUCGGAACAACUCGGCCAUCUCCGGCAAGCUUCGAGAUAUUCCAUUUUGUUGGAUAAAGGCCAAAAUGCUCCGAUUGAUGCAUCGUAUUGACAUUUGGUGCAGACUAUAAUUUGUGGUUUGCAGUUGUUUGCAACCCAGCUGCGAAAUUUAACAAACAGUCAUAUAUGCAGAAUAAUCCUACCUUUGUGUUUGCUCAACUUUAUUUGUAUUUUCUCAAAUUGUUACUUGAAUUAUUUGUGAUACAACGACGCCCUUUUGAAAACCAAACUCAAGUGGACGGUUAAGACUUUUUUAAGCAAACAGAACGGAACAUAAUUACGUUUCAGACAAUACUUAUGAUUACGGAAUGUGAUUCGUUUGUAUGUGUGGUUAUUUACAUAUGUUACCGUCUGCAUGACGUAUGACUGUAUUUAUUUUAGAUCCAAGCCAGGCGCGUAGCUGACUACGCAAAUACGCAGUUGCGUAAUGAAAUUUUGACAGGUCGAAGUUUUUUUAAAUUCCAAAAAAAACACGACUUUUAAGUACCCCCUACCACACCUACGCCCCAAGGCAUCGAUCUGCGUAAUCCCAAAUUUGACCUAGCUACGCGCCUGCAAGCUGAGACAAAUGUUAACAUUCUCAUUUAUUAUUUAUUGAUUUUGUUAUUUGUUGUUUUUUGUUGUUGUUUUUUGUGUUUUUCCCUACAUAGUUGUAUGUUGUAAUGUCUAUUCAUUAUUGUUUAUUAUCAUUGCUCAUACACGUUAACAAAUUGUAUUAUAAAAUGUAUGUGCUGUGACGAUGUACUAUGUGCAAGUCAAUCAACUGUCUGUCUGUCUGUCUGUUAAUAAGUCUAUUUGCAAUCUCCGGUUUCUGGAUAAGCUCAGCAUUCGGAGCUCCUCGGCCAUUUUAUCGAAAACAACCUCGGAUGUAUGCCGGUACAUCUGUUGAAGUAGUUCGUAAAAUUUUGAAUUAUAUCAUUAGUUAAAUGUAAUGUUUUAGAGUUGUAUUUAUUGAUCUAAGUUUAAAUUUAUUCUCAUUGAAUUGUAUUAUUGCAAACAUAAUGAAGAAUCCAAAGAGUUAAGUCAACUGCUAAAAAAAAUUACUACGCGAUCUACUUGCAGCGGACUUAAACGUACCACUUUUUGAGGGUGUAAACCAUCCAAAUACAUCCGAGGUUGUUUUCGAUAAAAUGGCCGAGGAGUUCCGAAUGAAAGCUCAGGUAUUUACAGCAUGUCAUAACCUUGGUUGUUUUACACUUGUAGAUGACAAACCAAAUGUAUACAAGUCUGUCUGGGUGUUAGGCACACCAGGAAAAAGUGGUUUAUUAACCUCAAUAACAAUUAUCUACUUUUAUUACAUGUGGAUUGUCUUUCCAGUAGCUGUAUUCAAUAUGUUUUGCU